CGGCAGCCAUCGAAUCCUUGCUCGAAGCUUCAAACAGCUGCUCCAGCCACCGUCUGCGCAACUCCAGCUCUGCAUCUGCGUGGAACCGCUGCAGCCGCUCUUCAUGGUUGCCGCAGCUCUCAAUCGCCCCCGGAGCAGCUCGAACCCAUUGAUCGCGCAGCUUCAACAGCCCCGUUGCCGCCAUGGUUGCGCCGGCAGUGCCUGAGUUAACCGAGGACAUCCUCCACGAGUCGAUCGACGCCAGGACAGAACAGCUUGCGGCGCUGCGAGAGCUGGGUCCGCCGGAUCUGGUCCAUCUCGUGAAGCAGGCAGUGCGCAAUCCGGGCAAGCAGACCGGCGUCUACCAUCACGUCACGGGUGUCGAUGCGUCGUCCUCGGCCAGUCUUGCGGCUUAUAUCAACACAUUGACGUACCGUGACCAUGACCCGAACACAACCACCAGGAUUGUCGAGGGUGUCUAUUGCUGCUACAAUGCCUUCUCGCGCCUGGACAUGCGCGUGCAUGUGUCCAUUCCCGGAACCGUCGAGAGCUACUGCGUCGACGAGCGAGGCGAAAAGCGAAAGGCGUCAGACGACCUGUGGCUGGAGACAUAUCUCUGCAGCGUCCUGAGAGCAUAUUCCUACGCCGACGAUGGUAGCGGAGACAGCAUCCGCAAGAUUGUCGGCGUCCGCAGAUUCAAUCCCGUCACCAACACCGAGACUGAGCAUCGCUUCCUUAACGCGGCUGAGCAGCUCUUCUUCCGAGGCAAGGAGAUGGAAUGCAUCACGGACUUCAUCAGCAUUCAGCUAACAUCACAUUCCAUCGUUCAAGUGCCUACAAAUGUGUCGAAUCAUCUCACCACUGGGCUGCUCAAGUACCUCGAGACGACCGGCCGAUAUACAUCCGGCAUCAACCUCUUCGAGAAGCUCCGAACUCAGAGCGUCGAGGUCGCUUCACUGCUUGCAAAGGUUCUGUUCAUGGGCAAUGAAGAGGUGGCAGGAGUCAAGGUUCUGUACCAAUCGCUUCAGCAGACUCCCAUGGACUACGUCAUGCUCGACACGCAGGCAGACUUCUUGAUGAAGAAGGCUCUCAAGGCCGAUACGAUGGAACUGAAGGAGGAGAGGCUCAAGAUGGCUCUUGGGUGCGCAGACCGCAGUACGAUUGCUGCACCUAGCGAGUUCAGCACUUGGGCCAGGCUCGCCCAGGUCUACGUCGCUAUGGAGGACUGGGAGAAUGCUCUGACGAUACUCAACUCGUGCCCCAUGUUCACCUACCAGGACAAGGACUCACCCAUGAUGCCCGAGCCGAGAGACGUUCAUCUCCCUACUCUGCCCGAGACGCGCCUUGACGAGAUUGACAGCGAACCGGAGUCUAGGUACUCGGAACAGGUCGACCCGAGUCUGUUGAGCCUGCGGGCAGCGUCUUACCGCGGCACAUUCAAGAAGGCGUACAGUAUAUUGACGGAAAUGACGUCCAAGAUUGGUUGGGAUCAACUUCUCAAGAUUCGCAGCAACGUCUUUGUCAUGGAGGACGAAUACCGUACUGAAAAGCAGGAGGCUACCCAGGCUGCUCAGCCGAUGCGGAGUCCGAGUAUGGAUGGCCUUCGGGGCACGCCCGACCCAACUACGAACGGAGACGAGGGCUCGGAGAAUGGCGAGAAGCCCGCUGAAUCGGGCGCGUCAACUCUGGCCCCCAACGGCGAGAGCAGCGGGGUCGAGAAGCCUUCCAGCACUGUGGACCCUGACGAAGUCAAGGCCGAUGCUGAAAAUGGCACCAAUACUGACGACCAUCUCUCCAAACUAAACACUAAGCGAUUGUGCGAGCGUUGGCUCGACAGCCUAUUCAUGGUUCUUUACGAGGACCUGCGCGUCUACACAAUUUGGCGCACGCAGAUGGCUCAGUACCGCGCCCAGCAGAUCCAGUACAAGAAGUCGGCCGAAGAGUGGGAGAUUCUCGGCUCCCUCGCCGAGCGUCUGCAACACUUUGACGAGGCCGCCGAAGCAUAUCGGGCGUGCCUGUCCCUGCGCUUCAGCCCCAAGGCGCUGGCAGGCGUGCUGCGCGUCUUUGAGAGGACCAAGAGCACCAGGGAGACGGUGGCGGCGGUGAUUCGGCUGGUCACCUGGCAGUACAGGUGGUACAGCGAGUUUAGCCCAGAGCUGCUUCACACGAUCCGAACUCUGAUUGAGGACGAGGGCGCCGUCAAAGUCAGGAGCAUAAUCCAAGCAACAAGCCUUCCGCAGAACGUGCUCGACCUGACGCACCACUACGCCGCUUUAUGCGCGACAUUCCGCAGCAGCGGCACCGAUGGCUAA